CACCUGCCCCUCCCUCUCCCCUGCUCCUCCACCUACUCCACCCUCAACCCACCAAAAACAUGGGCUGCUGUGGCCGCUCUGGAGGCUGUGGCUCUGGCUGUGGAGGCUGUGGCUCCGGCUGUGGGGGCUGUGGCUCCGGCUGUGGGGGCUGUGGCUCCAGCUGCUGUGUGCCUGUCUGCUGCUGCAAGCCCGUGUGCUGCUGUGUGCCAGCCUGUUCCUGCUCUAGCUGUGGCUCCUGUGGGGGGUCCAAGGGGGGCUGCGGCUCCUCUCAGUGCAGUUGCUGUAUGCCCUGUUGCUGCUCCUCAGGAUGUGGGUCAUCCUGCUGCCAGUCCAGCUGCUGCAAGCCCUGCUGCUGCCAGUCCAGCUGCUGCAAGCCCUGCUGCUGCCAGUCCAGCUGCUGUGUCCCCGUGUGCUGCCAGUGCAAGAUCUGAGGCUCUGGUCUCAGGCCUCAUGUGAGUCCUGCUAAUUCCGUCUUCCGAAGCGGUGGCCCGUCCUUCAUCGCUGAGCCCCAAACCACUGCCCAGGGUCCAUUCCCCAGCGCAGAAUGCAGCCCUGUCCCCUUUUCCUAAGGAGAGUCCACCCUAGUUACCUUCCAUCGUCUCUUCUAACCAGUUCUCUUCCCAAGUCAACUGCAACUGCGGCCGAGUCCCCCUCACCUGCUGGCCUCGGCUUUGCUCGUCUGUCCAGAGGCCUGAGCUCCUGACCCCAUUUGCACUCGUGUCUUUUCCAGCUGGGAACAGCUGGGCAUGCGCGUUCCGCCUGGAACAAGGUGGGCGUUUAAGAGGCUUCCUUGGGUGGCUUUGCAUGUCCCACACUCUGCUUUCUCUUAAAUGGAAUGUUGCAAGCUAAUAAAAGUCUCACGCCGACAAACUG